AUGCGCUGGUCCUCAGUCUUCCUCCCCUUCUCCCUCCUCUUUUCUGGCAUCCUAGCCAAGCAAGACAGUGGACGGUUCGCGGAAUUCCACACUAAGGCCCUAGCCUCUUCUCCCAUCAAGUUCAACGAUGCCUCCUACAAAGAGAUCACUGCUGCGCCACGCGACUAUUCCUUUGCAGUUCUCUUGACUGCCAUCGACCCUCGCUUUGGUUGUCAGAUGUGCCGUGAAUUCGGCCCAGAGUGGGACCUGCUCAGCAGCUCUUGGACCAAAGGUGACAAGGCUGGCGAGUCAAAGGUCAUAUUUGGUACACUGGACUUCAAUGAUGGCCGAGAGACCUUCAUGUCGCUCGGCCUCCAGACAGCUCCUGUCCUCCUCUACUUCCAACCUACUGUCGGCGAAUUUGCGGUCUCCCGAUCCGAUCCUCUGCGCUUCGACUUCUCCUCUGGGCAGCCUUCUGCUGAAUCUGUUCAUGACUGGAUUGUUCGCCAUACUCCUGGUCGUCCCCAUCCUGAGUUCAAGAGACCCACCAACUACUUCGGAGCAAUUGUUUCAAUUGUUGUCCUCACUUUCUUGGCAACACUGGCUUAUGUUAUCUGGCCAUUGGUCAAUGAAUACCUCUUCAACCGCAAGGUCAUGAUGCUCCUGAGCCUUUCCUUCAUCCUCCUGCAGGUGGGCGGCUUCAUGUACAACAACAUCCGAAAUACCCCCUACGUCGGACAGGACGGCCGCGGCCACAUCUCAUACUUUGCCGGAGGUUUCCAGAGCCAGUUUGGGAUGGAGUCUCAGAUUAUCUCGACCCUGUACGGGUUCCUCGCACUCACAGCCAUUGUGCUGGGCGAUAGAAUUCCCCGCUAUGCGUCCAAGAACUUGCAACAGGUCGCUGUCAUCACCACUGGCGUUUGCAUGCUACUGAUCUACAGCUUUCUUCUCAGCAUCUUCCGCAUGAAGAAUGGCGGUUACCCAUUCUCGCUUCCGCCUUUCCUGUGA